CCUUCAGGCGUUCGCUGGGGACAGCCCCAAACGCGGCGGCGGAGGGGGCCUAGGCAGGGCUCGGCGCAGGCGCAAUCGGAGUGGGUCCUUCCGCGCGCAGGCGCAGUGAGUACGAGCGGCAGCCGGCAUGGACGACGAGGAGGAAACUUACCGUCUGUGGAAGAUCCGCAAGACCAUCAUGCAGCUGUGCCACGACCGUGGCUACCUGGUGACCCAGGAUGAACUGGACCAGACGCUGGAGGAGUUCAAGGCCCAGUUCGGGGACAAGCCGAGUGAAGGGCGGCCACGGCGCACUGACCUCACGGUGCUGGUGGCCCACAACGACGACCCCACAGACCAGAUGUUUGUCUUCUUCCCCGGUAAGGGCCUUGCGGGUCCCCACGAGGCCUUUUCCUUGUGCCCGGCCCGGGGAGGGAGCCUGACUUACGACCCCCUAAGUGCCUGUUCCAGUUUCCUUCUUCCCCAUCCUUUCCCCAUUUUCUCUGGGCAGGGUUAUCACAGGCCUUCCCGGAGCUCAGACCCACCCCUCCCCCUGGGCUCCGGGCCUGCAUUCCCCGCAGCUCCUUCCUGCGCUGCUGCUCAGUGUCCAUCAUUGUCCCUGGAGACUGAACUCAGGUGCCUCCUCUUCCCGGGUCCCCACUGAGCCCCAGAUGGAAGGGUGUCUUGGGCUCCCCAUGUCCCGGCCUUAGCGCAUACCUGAUGAGGCCGCCUCGCUCUCAGGCCUGCAAAGCUUAGGAGCCAGGCUGUGUCCAGCACCUUGGGGCCAACUCCAUGCCUAGCAUUAAGGGCACGGGCAGAAAAUGUUUGCAGAGCAGAACCUGGUGACGCUUUUUAAGACACGUCCCAGUGUGUGAGCCAUUGUUAAUUGGAGACCUUGGUGCCUGAUUAAACAACAGAUGUUUAUUGUCACUUUUACUGGGCCUGGGAGUCCGAGAUCAAGGUGUUCGCUGGGUCAGUUCCCAAUGAGGCCUCUUGGCCCGUAGACACCGUCUCCUCCCCUGUCCUCACAUGGUUGUCCCCCUUAGGAGGACAGCAAUUAUGUUGGAUCAGGGCCAACACGUGGCGUCCGGUUACUUUAAUCAUCUCUUUGAAGACCCUGUUUCCAAACAUAGCCCCUUUCUGAGGUCCUGGGAGCCAGAGCUCCCACAUGAGGGUUUGGGGGACACAACUUGGUCCAAGACACUGUCCGUUCGUGGAGACACACGGGUCCUGGUGGCUACAGCCCAGUCACUGAUUUGUUAGGCUCAUAGGGUCCAGUGGUUCUCAAGUGACAAAGCCAAGAACCGCUACCCCUGGGAUGGGCAGCCUGUCUCCAUGGCAGGCCAGCGGCUGCACCUCACCUCCAAACACCCAGCUGUGCUCUUUGUGGGCU